GGUAUCAAAAGAUAACAUUAGCAAGAAAUAUUUACUCUUUUGAUCAACUCGUGUGUUAGUUAUAAAAGUGAUCUGUUCUACAUCCUUGCUGACAAUCUUUUUUCUGUGAGAUAAAAAAAAUUCCACUUUUCCUGUGCAAUAGAACUUAAAAUUUAAGUGACUAUAAAUCUUAAGUGGCUUUAAUCAAUAAAACGGACAAAAAAUGGGACUAAUCGCAAGCUUACCAAUUCUCGUGUUUGUCCUUGUUUGGAUUUUCGCUUAUCUGAACACUAUCUAUGAAUCGUAUCGAAAAGUUAAAGUGAAAACACAAAACUUCAUAAAAGGCAAAUCACCUUUGGAAACGGAAUCAGUUGUAAUGGAAUAUAAACAAGCGCCAGGACCUUUCCCAUGGCCCAUAAUAGGUAAUCUGGCGAUAUUAGGACAAUAUGAAGUGCCGUUCGAAGCUUUCACCGCGCUAUCUAAGAUCUAUGGUGAUGCGUACAGUUUAACGCUUGGCACGACUCGCUGUUUAGUUGUUAACAAUUUAGAGUUGAUACGCGAAGUUUUAAAUCAAAAUGGAAAAUUCUUCGGCGGCCGUCCAGACUUUAUAAGAUAUAAUCGAUUGUUCGGUGGUGAUCGCAACAAUUCUCUGGCCCUUUGCGAUUGGUCACAUUUGCAACAAAAGCGACGAAAUUUGGCACGAAAACAUUGCUCACCUCGAGAUGCAUCGACGUUCUUCACAAAAAUGAGUGAUGUCGGCUGCUUUGAGAUGCAAGAGUUUAUGAGUAAGCUCAAGGCCGAUAUUGUCCCGGGUCAGGAGUACGACUUAAAACCAGUCAUUAUGCAAGCAUGUGCCAAUAUGUUCAGCCAGUAUAUGUGCUCCACUAGAUUUGAUUAUGAAAACAGUGGAUUUCAAGUUAUCGUGAGGUAUUUCGAUGAAAUCUUUUGGGAGAUCAACCAAGGAUACGCUGUAGAUUUUCUGCCGUGGCUUGUCCCAUUUUAUUCUAAACAUAUGAAGAAGAUCGUGCACUGGUCGACUACCAUUAGGAAAUUUAUUUUGGAGAAGAUCAUUGAUGAGCGCGAACAAAAUAUUGACUUAGAUGAGCCUGAUCGUGACUUCACUGACGCGCUUUUGAGGAGUCUGAUUGAAGACAACGACGUUUCAAGAAAUACCCUCAUAUUCAUGUUAGAAGACUUUCUUGGAGGCCAUUCGGCUGUAGGAAACUUGGUAAUGCUGGCUCUAUCACACGUUGUGCGACAACCAGAGAUUGGGAAACGGAUCCAAGCAGAAAUCGAUGAAAUCACUGAAAAUGGCAAACGCAACAUUACCCUCAGAGAUACAGAGAGAAUGCCAUACACUGUCGCCACUAUCUAUGAAGUUCUGCGCUACUCCUCCUCACCAAUUGUUCCGCAUGUUGCUACCGAAGACUGUACAAUAUCUGGACAUGGAGUGACGAAAGGAACUUUAGUGUUUAUUAACAAUUACGAACUGAAUACCAGCGAAAAAUAUUGGGACAAUCCCAAGGAAUUCGACCCGGACAGAUUCAUCGAGAAAGUCAUCCAAGAACAGUCGAAAGUUGAAAAAGUUGCAAGGAAACUAUCAGAAUCUUCAGAUUCCGGAGUGGAGUUUGAAAGCCAUGCCCAAUCAGUGAAGGUCGAAGCACCAAAGUACGAAGAAGUCUUACGGGUGCGUAAGAAUAUUCCACAUUUCUUGCCAUUUAGCAUUGGUAAACGCACGUGCAUAGGACAAAAUUUGGUGCGAGGUUUUGGUUUCAUAACACUUGCAAACAUCCUUCAACAGUACGACGUUAGCGUUAAGGAUCUUAGUGCAGUCAAAACAGUACCAGCAUGUGUGGCACUCCCUCCAGACACAUUCUCAUUAGUCCUCACUGAACGGCAGCGAUAAGGACUGUCUACAUUACAUACCACAUUUUUUUAAAUCUUCCAAUUGUUAAACAAUUUCUCCUACACUAUUUAUAUGCUAGAAUAAUUAAUAUUUAAUUUUUAUUUGCAAAUAAAAUUUCUUCAAUGCCAUCAAGAUAAAAUCCAAUGAAAAUUAAAAUACACUAGGGUCCAUACUAAACUCCAGAAAAAAAAUUGUUUUCAGUCCCUUUAAAUAAUUCACAUUGUUGGAAAGUAAAACACUGAACUUUGAAUCCUGAACCAUGUUAAUUUUGUCCAUCCUAUCUUGAUAUUAAUAUAACUGGAAAUCAUUGGAAGGUCCAUACAUCAGCCUUAGCUAAUGUAUCUUAGCUAACAAAUAUUGGACGCAGCAACAAUUUUAUUAAACAUUGGCAAUUAGCGGAAUCAAUGAUGUAAUUUCCGAGAGAAGUUGUAAACUUUGUAUGUUGUACAUAUCUAUUAUCUCUGUCUACGCGAACCUACAAAUAGUCAAUGAAUUAGUUACUAUUAUUUUAUAUUUUAUAUUACUUAAGCUGAAUAUUAGUAACACUUUCUAGAAUAUUUUUACACUUCAUUGCGUUUUUCGCAAAAGUUUAGAUAAUCAAACAGUGCCUAGUUCAGCAAGAGUUUUUAUUUUGUAUUUAUGAGGCUUUUGUUACGUACAGUAGCGAAAAAAUGCACCAAACCGAGGAAGAUUUGUUAAAGAUUUGCAACUAGUUUUUAAUGUGAGAAUUUGUAAUUUCUAUCAAAUAUGAAAAUGCAUUCUAUGAAGAAUAUGCGUUGAAGAGAACUAAUUUUUUAUCUAAUUUUUAAAAAUACCUUAAAUUUAGACCGUCCUAGAAGAAAACGCAUCAAAAAGUUUUUUUGUAUAAAUUUUUAAAACGAAAAUAUAAACCUAAAACUUA